AUGAAAGGGCAUAGUUUCAAAUAUCGGCAACCGAGGAAAAAGCUUUAUGGAUUGAUUGUAAUUUCCACUUUGAUCUUUUUCACAGAAGCAACUCUCCUGCGAGGAAAAAAGCUGAAUGUCCAGGGAAGAAAUGAUAAAUACGUGAAGUUGGCCAACAAGAGUAUUCCUGAACUUGACCGAUUUACUACAUGCAUAGACUUGUAUUGGACUCUAAACCCGAACCCUUGGACGGCUUUUUCAUAUGUUACUAGCAACAUCUCCUUGGGUUCAGAAGUCUUGGAGCUUGGGCUUGUAGUAGACUACAAGCAGCUUGUAUUGUCCCACUUGGGUCAAACUUUUCUUAUUGGCAUGGAUGUGCAACCUUUCCAGUGGCACACGAUAUGCUUAAUCUGGGAUGGUGUGAAGGGACUGCUAGAACUCUUCCUUCAGGAAGAAAGAAUACUGUUUGUGCUAAAAGAUCCCCAGAAUCUCAAAGCCAAUGGGAACUUGGUCCUGGGUCAUUCCGUAGAGAACCAGGAUGAAAUUCAGACCCACAGCUUCUUGGGCAGCUUGUAUUACUUUCAACUCUGGGACCGCAUCUUAGAAAAUGGGGAAUUUUCAACAUGUUUAGAUGGCAACUUGGUUAGCUGGGGCAAAGAUACCUGGUUCUUCAACAAUAUAACCCCCGUGACGGAUGACAGCCUACGCUGCGGAGCCUCUGACAAUAUAACAGUUGAAGGAACGAGUCCAUUUGUUUCCCAACAUUCAAAUGUGACAUCACCGUCACGAAGCACUGGCUCAAAUCCUCAAGAGACUGAGUUGCCCUCUUCAGAGAUGCCUCUAAGUACCUCAUCUACAUUCUCAAAUGCUUGGAUAGCGUCUACCUCACAGACUCUACCUACAGAGACUCUACCCUCACUUUCUGACAGUCCCAAAGCCAGUGGGGUUUCAACUGUCUUGACAGCUUCUGACUUCACAUCUCCUUCAGGAUCCAUGUCCUGGCCUACUCCGAAAAUAUCCGCAGCCACUGAAGCUACUCCUGCAACUGCAUCGACGGCAACAAUAUUUCCAUCUCUGUCUGUUGAGACUGCCCCCAAAUCCACAAAUGCUAUAUUUACCUAUCUAUCCACUGGGGAUUCGCUUUUCCCCACAACUUCUGAGGCUGUAGCUCUGUCAGUCAAUACCCAGGCAACUCCUCUGUACUCAUCCACUAAGACUGCAUUAACUCCAGUGUCGCCUCGGACCCCAUCCACGUCCUCAAUGCCUGGGCCUGCUCCUACCUCGACAUCUAGCCGAUUUUCAGCUGCACCGACGACUGCUAGGAUCGGCCCUCUGUCUACUACCGACGAGACAGCUGUAGCUAAGAGCACAUCCGUAUCCCUGCCACCUGCAUUUACACCCACCUCCAUAACUGCCGCUGCUGCGUCUAUGGUCACCGGAACUCAGACGGCAGCUACGUCUGCUGCAGUUCAGGCCGAACCUACGUCGACGGCUCUUGCGUCUCCACUUCCAAACAGGCCUGCCGAGACCACUCGAUUGACCUCCACUUCUGCUCAGACUCCAGCUAUUUCCACAGUCGAUGAGGCCAGAUUGACCUCCACGGCACUACAGUUGUUUUUUACAUCCAAUGCUCUUGGAAGUGACUCACCACCCCCUGAAGCUCCCACUGUUGCUAAGGCUGUCACUGCCGAGAUUACGUCUAUGUCCCCCGGCUCUGAGACUACCUCCGGGCCUGGAGAGCCUGAGGCUACCCCUUCUCCCACGAUACCUGAGAGGGCACCUACUCCAUUCUCAGAUACCAUUACCCCUUGGAGUUCCUUUCCUAAGACCAAAGCUGUUUCAUCAUUUUCCGAAACAACAUUUCCGUCUAUGCCAACCUGGACUGAACCUACAUCCCUAUUAGUUGACAAUACAGGUUUGACUACAUCCUUCAGCCUAACAUCUCCUGUGGAUUUCAGUUUGACUACAGUUACAAUAGCUACCACUGUAUCCAAGCAAGCUGACACUGUAUCUUCCCCCAGGCCGACCAUCAACUCAGGUACCUCUCCAUAUACUGAAGUUACUGCGGUGUAUACAACGCUUGAGAAUACACCUCUCUCUACCCUAUCUGUACUGACCUCUCCUGGUGUCGAUACUAAACUUCCCCCUUCGGAACCAACUGAUGACAUUAGCCCAAAGCCUGCAUUUACAAUGACAACACCUAAUUCAGUCUCACGAAAGACCCCAGAUGUGGAAACAGUCUCUACAACAGCAUCAACUGAGACUCUAGCUAGCUCCAUCUUCACCCAACCUGCUAUAUCACAGGGACCUCUGAUAUCCGCAGUUACGUAUCCACCCAUGAUGACUUCAGAUACGCCUUCUGCUCCUGAGAGUGUGACAAAAUCCACAGAUUCUCCAACUCAGACUUCAAUAUUAGAUGCCAGUACUGUAUAUACGCCCAUGAGUAUACAGGCCUUGCCUGUAACCAUCCCUGGGGAAGCAGCAUCCACAGCAUUUCCUAUGGAGACCGACUCUACCGCUAUACUCGAAGAAUCCCUUUUGACUACCACACCAUCCAUGGCAGACUCUGGACUCACCUCUGCAGAGGUCACUAUUACUUUUUCAGUUACUGCAAUGCCUCAUUCUUCAACGUCUACCAGUAGUGAACCUCGGUCUUCUUCAAUUCAGUCUUCAUCCCCAUCUUUGAUAUCUUCCCUUACUCCUAUCCCGGCAGAAGAUUCAUUUCCUUCCACAUACAGUGAGAUCUCUAAAUCACCCAGUCUUUUUAAGACUUCAGAGAUCAUUCCUACACAUACACCAUCUCGUUCAGAGCCUCCCUCUCUGGCUACUGAAAACAUAGAUCACAUCACAACAGCUCUGAUGCCCACUUGGUUCCCAACUACUGAAAUGAUGAUGGACACUCUAUAUUCAAUUACGCAGGCUACAUCUAAACGAGCUGAGCUCACAACUUCACCCAUUCCUACCAAGAAUCUCAUUACCGGUAUGAAUUCGGAGGUUUAUCCAUCCACUGCUCCCUCUGAGAACGCCCCGACAGCUACAGUGCCAGCCCCUACUUUCACGCGUAAAGCCGAAACUACGUUGACCACCUCCCAGUUGAAUCUCACAACGACUGAAGCAUCCCAAAGUUCUACAUCUUCUGAGACCAUAGCUUUGUCAACUCCACAGUGGACUCCGUCUGCUGAAAUUAUUCAUUCGGCAGCACCACCUGAGACUCUAACUUCUCCAGUGGCUUCUCCAACUGCCAGGGCAUCCCUACCUUCAGAGACUACUCCUGUAGUUCAGCCUGACGGGACUUCAAACACACUGCCCCUUUCCAAGAGCAGGCCAACACCCACAGAUUCCCAGGAUAUUGUAAUGAGAACAGAAUUCUACCCUGCUUUUGUAUCCACACUCGCACCCGAGAGCGAGCAAGCCGAAUCUUCUGUGUUUCCUGCCUCUACAGCUCCCCGUAGGCAGAGCAUUCCGGCUGGGAUAGUCUCUGAAUUCACAUCUACUGCUGAGGCCUCUUUGUCCUCUGCUGUUGCGCUAAAAACAGAUUCUUCAACGACUGUCAGUACCGUGCCUUUAUCCUUCAGUACUACACGUACAGUCUUCCCAGCCGAUACUUCAACUGUGACCUCUGCAUCUUCCAGUCUGGGUGAAACUCCUUCGACAUCUAGUGACACUGUGGUGACAUCUAAACACCCGGAGGUUUCUUCUACCUUCUUUACCUCUGAAAUUGUGGCAAUCUCUACAGAGGGGGUCCCAUUUCUUCCCUCUGCGGUAGGCUCUUUAACCCCAUUGGUGAAAAGCACUCCUACACCUCUGAUGGUUGAGACACCAUCUCUUUCCACAACUUCUGGAAUGGCAACUGCAUCCACAAACCCUGCUGCCAUUCAGACCUCCACCCAUUAUGAGACUGGUACAGUUUCCUCUACAGUGGCACAAACAAGUCAACUGGUUCUGACCACAGUGUCAACGCUAUCAGCUGAAACUACUGUGUCUGGCGGUACGGUUGUGUCUUCUGCAGGUAUUGACCCAGUAGCUACAUCUAAAAUAGCUGAGGCUACAUCGCCGCCACGUCCAACCACAGACAUUCACACUUCAGAAGAUGUCAAGGUUUCACCAUCUUCCGCAGCAGGUGAGAACUUACCUAUAUCCUCAUCAGUUACCACUUUCGCAUAUCACGGAACUGGCCCUAAGACCACCUCAUCAGCAUCGACUUCCAUAGCUACUGAAUUUCCUAUCUCUGCUGGAACUGGACUCGUAACAAGACCGCCCUGGUCGCAAGGUGUGGUGACCUCUGGAGAUAUUACUUCUAAUUCUGAAGAUACUCAGAAUUCGGCAUCGUUUUUACCUUUGGGGACCGCAUCUACAGCUCUCCCUGUUACGAGCCAACGUACAUCUCCUGCUUCAGAGAAAAUGCCAACCUCUGCAGUUACUUCCACAGCUGUUACUUUGACAGAAGCCUGGCCUUCCUUCACAUCUGUAAGAACUGGGGCUACAUCUGGGUUUUCUGGAAGUAUAUCGACAUUAUUCCCUGUAGAUAUUGCCUCAACAGGUACACCAGGCGUGAACACACCCUUGUUUAUCCCCACUCUGACGGACCUAGGUUCCUCCACUGCUCCUUCCACAAUUUCUGCCAGUAUGCCACUUUCUACCUUCUCUGGUGAGCCUUCUACAGCUUCUGUACCAACCCUUGUACCCGCGUCUGCUCUACCAUGUUCUACGGUCCCGGAGACUGGGAUGAUUGUUACCUCGGCACCCGCCGAGCUCCCGUCCACGUUCUCAUCUGCCAAGACUUCAACUGAGCAUACAUUCACACCUGCUAAGACCACAACUCCUUUGCCUACAUCCUCUUUGAAGACUUCUGACCCCACCUCUAUUUCUAUAACUUUAGAGAUCACGACUCAAUCAACACCUGGUCCUAGUGUGUCCCCGGCUAGUUGGCCUGCCAAUAGGCCACCACAGUCCUCCACAGCGCCCCAGGUUACACGUAUCUCUACAACCGCUGAGUCAGAACCUACAGGGUCAUUCAUGAAUACCGCACCUUCGCCCAGUGUUCCUGUGAGCGCAGCCAAAACCGUUGGGAUUUCUCCUUGGUCCACAUUACCUACAGUCAUUCAAGCACACACAGCCACUGCAACGAAGGCUACAUCAGUAAUAGCGGAGAGUGUACGCAUGUCGACAGCUCCCCGAAACACUGAGAUCUCAACAGUGGAGAUUACAACCAGAGCUACAGAGACUAUGUCUAUGGUGGGCAAAACCACACCACAGUCAAGCUUGUUUACAUCUCGCUUCUUAACGACAAAAUCGAUGCUUCCCAGAAGCACACCCACGUUCUCUUCUGCCAAGGCCGCACCCACAUCAAGGGAGAUCAGCACCCUGUCCUCUACAAUGACUGCAUUUCCCCUUACCGGUGAAAUCACACUUAGCUCCGUAACAACUGUUAAUUCCUCUGCUGCUGAGACUGCACGUCUCUCUGUAUCCACUGAGCACACAUCCCCUUUCACACCACCUGAGUCCACACUUUAUUUGGGAUCAACUGAGAUUCCUUUCAUCCCUGCCCAUUCCCUCUCAGCCUCUACAGCACCUGAGGCAACACGAUCUACUGUUUCCUUCUACAAUACUGAAAUCAGCUUCUCAGUCCUUGAUGAAGAGUCGGAAAUUCCUGCAACUGCUGUCAUAUGGAACAUCGCUAAAGCUUGGGAUAGUUCGGCUCAGUUCAACUGUGUAUUUCAGGACAGUGAAUUCAUUCUCACAGACUUGGAGGUCAGAGCUAAAGGCGGCUAUGCUUGUCACGCCAUCAUAAAGGCUAAUUCUUCUGAAGCACCAACUGAAUUGAUUAAUAGUAUAAAGGCUAAAAUAUCUGACAACCUUGCGCGUGGAAAUUUCACACAAAAUCACCUGACUCUGAUAGUGAAGUCUGAAGAUGUGAAUGUAAAAGAAUUAGAACCAGGAAACUGCAAAGAAAGUGAAACCCUGUCCAGAUACAAAGGGAAGUAUAAGUGGUUAUCGACGGAUCCUACGGAAAUGGCCAAAGCUGAAUGUGUCAAGAAUCCUGAGAACACUGCUACCAGAAUUUGUCGGAUAAAUCUCGAAAGUGGAAAAUCUGUAUGGGACAAAGCCAAAUAUAGCCAAUGUAAGCUGAUUCAAGAACUUCCACAAAAGAUCGUGGAUCUUGAAGUCAUUGUCAUAAGUGAUGAAAAUGCAAAUGAUGUUGCUGAGCACAUUUUAAAUCUGAUGAACAAUUAUACACAUCUGGAUCAAAAGGAGAUAUUGAUUAUUGUUUCUAAACUAUCUGAUAUUUCAAAAUGUGAAGAGAUAAGCAUGAAUCUUGUGCAGGUUGUAUUACAAAUAAUCAAUACUCUUUUGGAGAACAAACAUGGCGCUUCUAAAUCUGAACUGCAAGCAGUUAGCAAAGAAAUCUUAAGGAUAAUUGAGAGAGUAGGUGAGAAGAUGGAAUUUCCUGGCAGUACAGCAAAUAUGACUGUGACUACACUUGCUUUGGCUGUGCUGAAAGUGAACAAAUCAUUUGAAGGCAUUUCUUUUGGUAUUCACUCAUACACAGAAGGUACAGAUCCAGAGAUUUAUCUACAUACUUUGCCUCAGAAGAUGAGUUUGGCAUCUAUAUAUUUGCCCAGGACACUAAAGGACCAAUUUCUUCCCAGUGACUUUCACACGAUAACAUUUAAUUUCUUUGGACAAACUUCACUCUUUGACAGCAGCUUCGGAAAUGAAAUGUUAACCACCUAUGUUGUGAGUGCCAGUGUGGCAAACGAAUCAAUUCAGAAUCUGGCUGACCCUGUUGUCAUUAUUUUACAGCACACUGAUGGUAGCAAGAACCAUGACAGUGUUGUUUGUGUGCAUUGGGACUUUGAGAAGAAUAAUGGAUUAGGUGGAUGGAAUCCAUUGGGAUGUGAAGUGAAUGAAACAAAUGUAAAUUACACAAUCUGUCAAUGUAAUCAUCUUACUCAUUUUGGAGUCUUACUGGAUUUAUCCAGGUCUGCCUUGGAUGGUAUGAAUGAGAAAAUCUUAACCCUUUUAACAUAUGCUGGAUGUGGAAUAUCGUCUGUUUUCCUGGGAUUUGCAUCAGUGACAUACAUAGGUUUUCACAAGCUUCGAAAAGAUUUUCCUUCCAAAAUCCUCAUCAAUCUGUGCAUUGCGCUGAUGAUGAUGAACCUGAUGUUUUUGGUGAAUUCGUGGUUGACCACAUUUCGAAAUACUGGCCUCUGUAUCACAGUCGCAGUAAUGCUCCACUAUUUUCUGCUUUCUGCUUUCACUUGGAUGGGCCUAGAAGCCGUUCACAUGUACUUUGCUCUGGUCAAAGUUUUCAAUAUAUACAUUCCAAAUUACAUACUGAAGUUCUGCUUGAUUGGUUGGGGAAUGCCAGCAAUAUUCAUCGCAAUUAUACUAAUUGUGAAGAAAGAUUCUUAUGGAGUUCUGAGUCCAUCCACUUCAUUUUGCUGGAUUCAAGAUGGCGUUGUCUUUUAUGUCUCAGUUGUGGCCUAUUUUUGCUUAAUAUUUCUCAUGAAUACGUCAAUGUUCAUUACUGUUCUUGUCCAGAUGAAUUCCUUGAAAUCAAAACAUCAGAGAUCACGGAAAAAAGUAAUUCUGCAUGAUUUGAAGAGCACCACUAGCUUAACAUUUUUACUAGGAUUAACCUGGGGCUUUGCCUUUUUUGCCUGGGGUCCUGUGAGGAUUAUUUUCUUGUAUUUUUUUGCCAUUUUUAACACUUUGCAAGGGCUCUUCAUUUUUGUGUUUCACUGCAUGAUGAAGGGAAAGGUGAGAAAGCAGUGGCAGGCCCACUUCUGCUGUGGAAGAUUUCGGCUGGAUAACUAUUCUGACUGGAGCAGUAAAUCUGGAUUAACUGUGGGUUAUAAACAGGAAAGACUAAAUAGAACUCUUAAACACCAGUUAUCGUUACGAUCCUUUCAGUCAACCAAGUCAUUGAAAUCUACCGUGACCAGCUCUACUUCCAAAUCAUCAAGCUCUCUGCAAGGUGCAGCUUCAGAAAUUAUCUUCCAGAACGAUGAAGUGUAUGAAGAUCCUUAUUCUUUAUCUCCUUCUAAUUAUGAAGUUGUACCUGCUUGUGUAAGAAGAAUAAUACCUGUGGAAAUUAAAAUGGAUUCUCCUCAUACACAAAGGUUUCUACGGUGA